AUGGGAGCCCGAGCCACAAACCACGUGCAGGUGGACGGUCUUGGUGUCUUGGACUACCAAAGCGCCAUCGACAUCGCCCGUAACAGCGAGGGCGAGCUGGAUCCAACCGUCUCGGCAUAUCUGGAACUCGCCCUCACGGAUAUCUGGAGUCGCAUCAGCCUGAACCCCACUUCCUACAUCAUGACCAAGGACGAGUUCGCCGUGUUCAACUUCUACCGUGCCCGCUUCGAAGGCGACCAAGUGGCAGAGCAAGCUGUUGCUCGAUACUGGUCCCACACGCACGACCUCACAACAGACACCUCGGCUUGA